AUGUCCUUAACAUUCGGCACACCUGCGUCGAGCGCAACUUCGGGCCAGGCGACCACAUCCACAGCUCCAGCUUCCGGCGGCUUGUUCGGUGGUGCAACUGGCUCAACGUCAUCGUCUUUCGGAAUUCCCAAACCCGGAGCCAGCGGAACAAGCACACCCUCAACGGGAAGCGGUUUGUUUGGAGGGGCAGGAGCGACGGCCGGUCAGACAGGAGGCUUGUUUGGCAACGCGGGCGGCACAACCACGCCGUCAACGGCGGCGCCUGCCUCGGGCAUGUUGUUAUUUGGUCAGACCACAGGAGCCUCGGCUGGGGGCAGUACUCUGUUUGGCGGUACCAAGGCCCCAGGGAACGUGUUUGGAAAUACUUCGACCCCAGCGUCUGGGACCGCGACUCCGACAGGCACGCCCAGCCUCUUAGGCAAUAAUAAGCCUACCACAACGACUGCUGCCCCAGCAUCAGGCACUCAGGGCGCUACAGCCAGUGGCCUCUUUGGGGCCGGGGCUUCUACGACUCCUUCAGGCGCUACUCCGACGACCGGGGGAUUGUUCGGCAACACUGGUGGUGCACCGAUAUUUGGUUCAGCUACCCCCACCUCUGGAGCGGCCGGCACCCAGGCGACUCCCGCGAAACCGAUGUUUGGGGGUCUUGGCUCAACCACACCGGCCGGCGCACCUCCGGCCGACACCAAGCCCGCCGCGAAUCUGUUUGGUGGUGGCCUUGGGGCUAAACCAGCGGCUCCCGCGGCCGGCACUGGGAACCUCUUCGGCCAAAGCACAACCCCUGCUCCCGGCGCUGCACAAUCGCAACCCAGCAGCACGCCGGCCACCAGCGCGGGAGGCCUGUUUGGGGCCAAGCCUGCCCAAGCACCUGCUACGGGGGGCACGCCAUCACUGUUUGGCGGCGCCCAGACUAGCGCCGCCGCAUCUGGAGCCAGCACUCCUGCGACGGCCACACCGGCGGGUGGUCUGUUUGGGAAGACGCCCGCAACGACCGCCGCAGCGACCACCUCGGCUACCCCCGCGGCUGCCAGUACCUUGCUUGCUAAGCCGGCCACCACUACUACGUCGACAGCUACUCCAGCCCCCGCUGCCGCCGGAAGCCUAUUUGGUGGUGCUAAGGCCGCUGGUACUACGGCCACGCCGGCGCAGGAUGCUGCUAAGACCAGCACCGCCGCCGGGCUUUCGGCGUCGACCAUGGGCCCCGCCUCCCAGCUCCCCCGGCUGAAGAACAAGACGAUGGAUGAGAUCAUCACGCGGUGGGCAACGGACCUGUCCAAGUACCAAAAGGAGUUCAAGGAUCAGGCCUCCAAGGUGGCCGAGUGGGACCGCAUGCUGGUGGAGAAUGGUGAGAAGAUCCAGAAGCUGUACACGAGCACCUACGAGGCGGAACGUGCGAACGCCGAGAUCGACCGCCAGCUCAGUAACGUCGAGAGCCAGCAGGACGAGCUCGGCGCGUGGCUGGACCGCUACGAGGCGGACCUGAACGAGCUGUUCGCCAAGGGUCCCGGCGCCGGCGGCGCGGUCAGCGAGCAGGCCGCCGGGCCCGACCAGGAGCGCGAGCGCACGUACAAGCUCGCCGAGAAGCUGACGGACCGUCUGGACGACAUGGGCAAGGACCUCACCAAGAUGAUCAAGGAGAUCAAUGACAUGUCGGGCGCCCUCAGCAAGGGCAGCAAGCCUGAUGAUCCGUUGACGCAGAUUGUCCGCGUCCUCAACGGGCACCUGUCCCAGCUGCAGUGGAUCGAACAGCAACGCGGCGGCGUUGCAGGCCAAGGUGGCGGCGGCGCAGAAGGCGAGCGGCAACAUGGGCACUAA